AUGGAUAACCAAGGAAAGUGCAAUGAAAACUUCAGCAAACAAGAGCUUGAAGUGAUGGUGGAGGAAAUAGCAGCCAGGAAAAGGUUGCUGUUGGGGAGACUCGAUAACUGCGGGGACACUGCAGAGAGCAACAAGAGAGGAUGGUCGGCUGCUAAGAAGAAGGGAGCUGAGAGAAGCAGGGAGUUGAAGAAGACUGGAGGAGGGCUAUCCACCAUUCAUGUGGACCAGCUGGAGGAGAAGGUGUUGUCCAUGAUAGGAGAGACGGUGGUAGAGGGACUGCGGUCGGGCAUCGACCCGGACUGCGCGACCGAAAUAACACUAGACCUUAUCCAUAUACCUCUGAGCCUGGAUGUGGGAGCCAUGGAUCAUCAUGAUCAUACGACAGAAGAACAAGCAGAGAUCAUCACUGAAGACACAGAGGAGAUGCACCUGUCUCAGCUCCUUAUCUAUCAUGACACCCCAAUGUACGAGACAGUGCCACCCCGGGCAAGGAGGCUUGCUGGUGUGGAGGAGAUGGUGGCUGUACAGAGGACGCUCCAGGGGGAGGUCACGGCCACGCGCAGGGUGCAGGAGGAGCUGCUGAAGGUGGAAGGCAAGAGAUUAGCCCUGGAGAAGGAGAAGCUAGCCCUGGAGAAGGAGAAGCUAGCCCUGGAGAAGGAGAAGCUAGCCGUGAAGAAGGAAAAGCUAGCCAUGGAGAAGGAGACGUUUGCCAUGGAGAAGUACAGAAGACUUGAAGAUUUGUCAUUUGAAUAA